GAGGCAGACGACGCGCCGGUCUCGCGUUUGUACUCGUAACAACUCUAAGUCGAUCGUGAUCAUGUUGUGCCCGAAAUUUUGUGGACUCUUGACUUUAUUUCUUGUUUUCACUGUGAUCAAGGCCGAGUUGAGGUUCAAGGAAGAGCUGCAGGCCGUCGCUGAACAAGUCGAGAUCAUGAAAACUUUGCACCUUACAGACAUUACUCGUCUGAAAAGCGAGAUUGAGGAGCUCAAACACAAACGUUCUACGCCAACCAACAACUACGAGAGAAAUGAACAGGCAACACUCCAAUGGGCCAAGACCUCCAUGAAAGAGCUGAAGAUGGAGAUCAGGGAAAUCGGUGAAAGCGUCAACAACUCAGCCCUCCUCCGUCAACUGCACAUCAUACGUAAUGAGCUAAAGCAAGCCCUUACCGAGACCUCGGACUUAGCGCAACUUGCUCGCACUCAAGAAGCCAGGCUAGACAAGAUGGACAAUGAAGUUGGUAGGCUCAAAUACGAAGGACAACAGAUGAGGAGUACUGUGGCUGAAUUACGAACCCACGUCAGCAAGCUGGUCAAAGAGAUGAAAGCUAAACAAGUGGCGGAGAUGAACGGUGACACCUACAAUGAUGUAAUUGAGCCCCACGAGAACCGAGCUGGUGAUCUUAAGCCCGAGCGCAACCAUAAGUACCGCCACAACAAGAUGGUGCACGCUCAGAUUUCACGACUUGCACGCAGCCAGGAGCAGCUUGACGAAUACCAACAGAGCCUACAGACCCAGAUCCUUGAUGUGCAGCGCCGGCUCGACCGCUUCGAAGAACCGAACUGGAACCUACUUUCAGCCAAGGUCGAUUUCCUCGAAGUUGAAUCGAAAAUACUUCGGAACGAACUGCAGAACACCACACAGAGAGUGUCCGAUUUCGAUAAAGUGCACGCUUCCAUUCUCGAGCUGCGUGAAGACAUCGAAGGGCUCGAGAACAAAGUCGACAAAACUGUACCGGAUUUCAGAAAGGAAAUAUCGAAAUUGGACGUCAGCUUUGCCCAGCUGAAUGCUCAGUCUUCGUACCUCAAGGAGGAUCAGGAGAAUAUACGUCAAUCAGUAAAAGCUAUCGCAGUCAGUGUCAGCAACGCCAUCGACCGCGCCGAGAUGGACCGCCUGAUGGUUAAGAAGAUCAACGACUCCGUGUUCGACUUGGAAGCCCGGUCCAAGCAGCAUUACUACAGACUCAACGAUCACAUUCUCAAGAGCGAGGCCAGUGUUCCAGACGCUAAUUUGACUGAAACUAUACCCCUUCCGGAGCUGAUGGGCGAGGUCAAGGAACUGGAGCCGGUCCAACGUGAGUACGAGGAUCUAGUCAACCAGCUACCUCGUGACUGCUCCAGCAUCAAGGGGCCGGCCGGGACGUACCUUAUCCACCCCGGGCACGCUCCCGUCGACACCUGGUGCGUCAACGGAAACACUCUAUUGCAAAGACGCUAUAAUGGCUCGAUCGAAUUCAAUCGUAAAUUUAGCGAGUACGUUCAUGGUUUCGGCGACCCCACUUCGGAAUACUGGUUGGGCUUGGAAUCAAUGCACCAGAUCACUUCCGAUAACUGCUCUUCGAUGAGGAUCGAUAUGACCGAUAUAUACGGCGGCAGCUGGUAUGCCGAAUACGAUCACUUCUCGGUCAGCAACGCCGACACCGGAUUCAUUCUGAACGUGAGCGGAUUUAGAGGAAAUGCCAGCGAUGCUUUUGAGUAUCAAAAUCAUAUGGAGUUCUCGACUAUCGACCGCGACCGCGACAUCUCUAACACUCACUGCGCCGGCAACUACGAGGGCGGUUGGUGGUUCUCUCACUGCCAGCAUGUGAACAUCAACGGCAAGUACACACUCGGCCUGACCUGGUUCGACUCCGCCAGGAACGAGUGGAUCGCCGUAGCCACUAGCGAGAUGCGCGUGUUCCGCAGAGCCGGCUGCUUCUAAGUCGCUCGCGUAUUCAUGUAGCAACGACGCUACCAGAGCGUCCAUAGUCUUUAUACAUUGAUGUUGUUAAUUAUAUAAUCAUACCAAAGAUACUACCUAUAAGCGAGUACUAUUUGAUUAUGUUGGAAAAAAACGGGCUCUAGAAUUAUUUAAGUUUUUAUGUCACGUAACAUAAUCUACCGUAGGUAUUAUUUUCUUAACAAGAUAUGACCCGAUAGUUUGUAUCUUGAAUGUUCAAUAUCAAUUUCCUUUUUUAUAUUCUUUGUAAGGAGCGCUAUUGAUUUUUAUCAUUAUUUUCUAUUCUAUUGUAUACUUGCAUUCAUUAGUUUUAUUAUAAGUAGGUAUCUAAUAUAAGACGUAUAAUGGAAGCAUGAAAUGCUAAAUAUUGUGUAUCACGUAUUACAGUCUCUGUGAAUCGAUCUUUUAUUAUGUUUUUAAUUUAAUUUAAAUUCAAAAUUUGUAUAUUAUUCUUAUUUAGUUUAUGUUAUUUUAAUUAUUCCGCUCGCGGUGUUCUAGAUUUUUAAUUUCAUUUAACAUAUUUUUUAAGAAAUUAAGAAGACUGUUUGAGCCAAUAUUAAGUAUCGAAAUUGAUUAAGAUUUGUGUACAGAUAGUUUUAUUUGAGCAAUUGGUAAGAAUGGCGUUUUCGUUAUGGUAACUUUAUUUCAUUAGGGGUCAAACAGCGAUCGAUUCAUCAUACACAAGCAGAUGUAUUAGCACAUAUUUUAUUCAAUCAAAUAUAAUAAUCUACGUAGUUGCAUGUUAAGAUGUAGGGUUUUUUGAAUCUCCGGUAAAUAGCAUUUAUUCAAUACUGCAUAUGUACCUACCAAUGGAAUUAAACCAAAUAAAGGUU